UGCUCGAAUAGUCCAAUCGCUGGUCGAAAAAAAAAAACUUCCCCGGCCACCAGUCCACCGCUGAAAGGCAAUGGCGGCGGCGGAGGAGGAAGAGGUGCGGCUGGAGGUGGAGGCGGUGACUGCGAUGUACGGCGACGACUGCCGCGUGGUCCUCGACUUCCCUCCCCACCUCGUCGUCCACGUCCGUCCCAACACUGCCGACGAUUCCUCGCAGCAGUUUGUGGAACUCUUUCUCGGAAUUAAAGCAUCUUCCCAGUAUCCGAAAGAACCACCUGAUGUUUAUGCUGUGGAAAGCAAGGGUCUUGAUGAGACUAGACAGGCAUAUCUUAUUAGCAGCAUCCAGAACAAGGCAAAAGAGCUUUCCUACUAUCCCAUGCUUGUGACUCUGUGUGAGGAAGCUGGAGAGAUCCUCUCAAAUAUGAAUCAUCCAGCUGGGGAUUGUCCACUGUGUCUAUAUCCUUUAGUCCCAGAGGAUAAGGAUGACUUUGCUUUGCCAUUUAUGAAGUUGAUGUCAUGCUACCACUGCUUCCACAGUAACUGCAUUAUGAGAUGGUGGGGAUGGCUCCAACAGGAUGAUGUCACUUCUAAGCAGACUAGUACAGCAGUAACUACAGGAGUUAUUGAUUCUUCUGGAGGGUUGGAUUUGUCCAGAUCAGGCAAGAUAUACAAUGCAAAUCAUCACAAAGGAUUUUGUCCAGUUUGCCGCAAAGUGUUUGAUGAGAAGGAUAUCAAGCAUGUUCAUGAUCUGUUGGAUGCAAACACUUCUCAACUGAUGGGGUCUUUAACAAUUGAUCUGGAAGACGAUGAUAAAGAAUUGCUCUAUUCUGAGGCAGAGAACAAGAGGAGAGAAAAGUUUGGGUCAUUGUUUAAUCUGCAACAAGAACGGAAUGGUCUGAUUGAACCAAAGAAAGACCUUGCCAUACAGCCUGGAAUGUAUCUUUCUCUUCCUCCUAUUGAGCCAACCACAACUGAAGCAGACAGCACCAAUUCCUGCGAAGAAAACACAACUUCAACUUCAGAAACAGAUCCAGGCAGCAUGGGAAACAACACUGGCAGCCGGAAUAAGCAAAACAAUUCAGGGCACCGAAGGAGAAACCGAGCUUACGUUCCCAAAAGACAACCUCAGGGCCAAUCUACUGGGCAGCAGUGGCAGAGAGGCCAAUCUGCUGGGCAACAAUGGCAGAGGAAAGACACAGGCAAUUCACAACAAUAGCAUUAUCCCAACGUGGAUGUGGAGGUUAGUGAGAUUUUUUUUUAUCAGCCAUGUAUAUUGAUGGAAUACUGUGGUCACAAAGAUAAAAUUGUACUGGAGUUCAUGUCACCGCAGAAUUGAAGCUAGAUUCUGUCGUCAUCACACCACCAUUUCGAUUAUUAUAGUUACACCACAGAAGAAUUUGACAGCCAGUUUGUGCAGUUAGCCUGCCCAACCCAUUGGAGGCAACAUCUAGAUUCAUAUCCAGUGCUGUAUGAACAUGCUUCAAUGGAUACAUAUUAGGGCCCUGCUUAAACUAUGAAACCUAGCAUGCUUCAACUGAAAUAUGAAACCUGGCAUGCUUCAGCUGAAAUAUCAAACCUGGGAAGUUUCUUGUUUUCUGCUGAAA